AUGGAGCUGUCGGCUGACGUGCAGGCUGCCGGGAGUGAGCCAGUGCAGCUUCUGAGCACCAGUGUCACCAGUGUUCAACAGGCACAGUUCGGCUCCCACUUCAGGCCUUCAGAGGCACUCGCUUUGUGUGUUUCCAUGGAAGGCUCUGCCCGGCCGGAGGUGGCCGGUGCGGAGCGAGGCAAUGGCGGAGAUGGUGGAGAGGUGCUUGGAAUGCCCAGAGGGACGGAGGUCAGGGUCUACAAGAUGAGCGGGGACGUGGCCAUGGUCCUGGACCGGGAGAUGAACUCUUCAGAGUUGCAGGAGAAGAUGAUGGAUGUGUUGGGGCACUACGCUUGCACCUACAAGCUCGUACCGAUGGGGCCCGACCUGACCAUGGUCAAGCAGAUUCAAGAUGCAGAGGAGAAGGAGGAGUUUUUGAAGCAGCUCGAGGCAGAGUGCUCCGAAGAUACGCCACCAGCUGCCAACGCUCGCUCCGUCUUCCCUGCGAUGAUUCGAAGCUGGGGCCGGGGUCUCGCUCCCUGGGGCGGGGAGAGGAUCAACGAGGUCCGCGUGAUCCUGCAGCUAGAGAAGUACGACCAGCCUCUUCGCGAUUGGCAGAGUCAGAAAAGGGAGCACAUGAUGCGCACGAGGAGGACAGAGGAGGAGAUCCGGGCCAGGCUUUUUCAGGAUCUGGGGAGGGACCCACGGCAAGUGCGGCAGCAGGUUCUCCUCGAACUGCAGCAUGAGAUGGAGAAUGCACGGGCGAUGCCCUUGGAGCCGAUCCCCGAGACCAGCGCAGACCGCUGGGAGUGGAUCGGGACAAGCUUCCCCGAGCGUCUUCGUGGAGCGCGGUGGUCCGGACUCCAAGGCCGGGAGCCCGAAAACCGGCCGCCGGUCUCGUUGUGGCUCGAGGAGGACCACUUCUUCUUGGAGAAGUUUCUGCUGGUGGUGGAAGCAUCCACUGGGCUGGGGGAGAAGAAGUGGGAGCUUCGGAACAUGGCGCUCCGGCUGGGCAUGGGCCACCUCAAGCGCUGCCGGGACCCCGGCAUCCGCUUGGCCCAACAUGCCGAGCUGCAAGCAGGCUCUUGGCUGGAUGCUUUCCCUGAGCUCCUCCAGAACCGCAGCUUCCUCCUGGCCCUGGCCGGCUGCAACUGCGAGGAUUUCCAUGCAGUCACCGAGCUUAUGCAGAGCAAGAGGUUCCUGAAGGCUCUCCUUGACCAGUGGCCCCUUGCGCUCAGGCAUGCCACCUCCUGGCAUGGCGACGAAGACAUCGUCCUCCACGCCGUCAAACGCCAGGGCACGUGCCUGCAAUUCGCGUCGCUGGACCUCAGGUCAAGGCAAGAUGUCGCGAAGGCGGCCCUCCGCCAAGACUUCCGUGCCUUCCAGUAUGUCGACGACUCGGCGAAGAAGCAAUGCGUUGAGCUGGCUCUGCGCAGCAUGCUGGACCACUGGGAAGUGCAUGACCACAGCUCGGCUUCCGUCUCGUCCCACUCCAUCGCGAGGCUGCUCCUGGACGACCGCGAGCCAUGCGAGCCCUUACUCUCAGCGCUCUUGGAGGAGCUCAGAGCGAUCGACAUCAGCUGGUGGAAGCAGUUCAUCAAGGAGGCGGCCCCUCAGCACAGCUUCUGCGUGUACCUGCUGUUCCGGUGGCAAGAGAUGCUGGACUACGAGACUGCCUUGCUGGUCUUGGACCACCAUCCCGUGCUGUACAAAGAGGUGCCCAAACGGCUGCAAUGCCUGAACCUCAAGGCUUUCGCCUUCAGGAAGGAUCCAAGUGCUUUUGCAUUCGGCCGCGACGCCCAAUCCCGACUCGAAAAGAAUCAGUUGGAGCGUAUCGCCAAGAUGGACGAGGGAUACCUCAUGAAAGCGAGUUUCACCGGAGAGGCCAACCGCCUUUAUGCGAGUCAAGAUGAGAUUUAG